UGUGUAAGAAUGCGUCUCUGAUCAUUUGUCACAGUUUUAGUUUUCGUUGCUCACUGUGGGUGGAUCUUACUUGCCGACCUCAGAAUAGAUCCACGUAGCCCUAGGUUUACUUUCACAAGUUCAGGUGCUCGACUAUCAUACACAGUGCGAGAAAGUUAUCUGUCACAGCACCUCUAGAUGGCGUACUCCACACAAACACUUGCUGAAGGCUGCUUUGGGAAAGUCUAUAAAGAGAAGUAUAAUGAUACAUGGGCUGCUCUGAAGAGAGUUCCUGUUGGUCUCAUCAACCAAUAUGAGCUGGAAAGAGAAUGCAAAGUAUAUCAAAAUGCUCGGCACCCUAACGUGGUGAACCUUCUUGGUAAGCCUUGGAUCAAAGACGCUAAGUGGAACAUUCCUUUGGAAUUCAUCUUUGGGGAAGAUCUUGAGACGACCAUCUUUAAAACACAAAGCUCCAAAAUACAGUUGACUCCAGCAGUGAGAGGCACUAUCAUCACUGGGAUGUGUGAUGGUUUGCAUUAUCUGCACAGUAAAGACAUCGUCCACCAAGACCUCAAACCAGACAACAUCAUGGUUGAGCAUCAAACCUAUCGUGCUGUGAUCAUUGAUUUGGGACUGGCAAAGUUCUCUAAAAAUGGACUGAGCUCUGCAGCAAACUUGGGCAAUGAAGCGUACUCUGCUCCAGAGAUCCUGCGGACGAGGGGAGUUCGUGACAAGCGUUCAGAUGUUUGGGCUAUGGGUAAAGUCAUUGCUGAACUCUGUGCCCGAAUCAGGUUACCCACCCAAUCCGUGUCUGCCGACAAAAUUCAAGAAACCCUUAAAGAUCAUCCGUACCGUAUUCCAGUGUCCAAGAUGGUGGAGACCAAUCCAUCUGACAGAGUUUCAAUGGCUGGAGUCAUUUUAGACAUCAGGAGAGCUGCUUCAGGUUCAAAAUCAGACAUCAAACCAAGAGACGUCACCGUAACACAGGCAAAUGAAAUAAGAGGAAAUCCAAGGGGGGGUUCGCCAGCACCUGUGCUACCAAGGAUGGAGGUCAGGAAAUCUCCUGUGGUAAAUUACAGAGUUUCUAUCGACAAACCAAGAGACUUCACUGUAACACAGGGAAAUGAAAUAAGAGAAAGUCAGAGACGGAGUCCACAACCACAACGACCUAUACCUAAAUUAUCAUUGCUAAAUUAUCGGCAAAAUCCCCCACAACAGAGAGAAAUGGGAAAGGCAGUGGCCCCAAUAAGAGGAACAGGUUUGAACAAUGACAUGUCUUUGAUGUCAUUUCCUUGCCCCCUUCCACAGACUGGCAAAGUGACUCAGGAACUCUACAAUGAUAGAGGAGAAAUGGAAUAUAAAGAGAUCGUCACAAAGGAAGGGAAAAUCACUAAAUAUGAGAAAGUGCAAAUAAGCAAAACAUUUUUUAAAUAAACGUAUUUUCCUGGAAACGGCCCAGAAGAAAAUGUUAGUGCUCAGAGGUUGCUCUUUCGUAGUUCUCACUUGUGUUUCAUUACAAAAAGAAGCAAUACAAAUUGAAAGAAAUGAGAUGCAUUGUGUAUGGAGAUGUAUAAUGAAUGUAGAUUGUAGGUAAAAUAAUCUGGAUUUGGGUCAAUUUGAUGAGAAAUGCUCGAAUUAUGUUGACUUUUGAUACACUUGACAAAUCUGAGCUACGUUUGAGACAUUGUUGUCAUCUGUUCUGAAACUCGAAUCGAGACUGAAAUCGUGAGAUUAUUUUUUUUUAUUAUGUGAAAUAUCGCAGACACUGAAAAAAUUGCUUUCCUCAUCGAUCAUUAUCUAUAUGAUUAAAAUGAUUGUGAGUUUCCUUCUUGAUGUAAUUUUUUUAUCAAUGUAAUGUGUUUUUCUUUUUUGUCAUUAAAAAAGCUUUUUAAAAAUAUUUAGUGCAUCCACACAUAUUAUAAACUUAACAACCAGUUGUACUUACAAAUAAGACUUUUUGCGUUUUCUUUAUUUGUCCCAAGCAAACAGUUAAUAAAUAUUAAUUUGAAUUUAAAGCAAUAAAUGGAUAACUCUGUUGGC